AUGGCCCUUGAACUGGGAGUUCUGCCACAACACCUCCCAUUUGAAUGUGUUCAUAUCGCAGCAGCAAUGGAAAUGGUCAUUGGGAACAUGGAUGACGAGCUGCUGCUUAUGUGCCGGAAGAAUAUCCAGAAAAUCAUAACGAUGAAGAGCUUUACUCUCGAAAACACUCCAGGAAGAAGAAAGAGCCUGAGGAGAAACGCAUCUGGCCCAGAUACCUACCUGAGAGAUCGGGGCUUACUGAAGGGGUUUGCUCAACAACUGACUCGGAUUCUCUCCGGCUUCCCUACCUAG